AUGUAUCACAACUUGCAGCAAGGCUGGCCUAUCAUGGCGGAACAGUUGCAGCACGAGACACCAUCACACCUAGUUUCCGACAUUACAUGCAUGGUCCAUCUGGUUCAGUUGCCCAUUGCGCCUCAAACAUACAUUUAUUGCCAUAGGUCGACCGUCGGCGCUAUAUUGACUGCAGGCUGUCGGGUUCUGACCGUUCAUCGCAGCGCCAGCCAGGCAUGCGUGACAGACCAGGCAUCCAAUUAUCCGCAAUCAGAGAAUUUCGUCGUCCAAGACCUCCAUGCAUCAUUGGCAGAAAGCCGCAUUCAAUGCCCCGAUACGCACCAUGUGACAAUUAUGCUCUUUUCUUUGGGGGAGGCCGGCGGGGGGAGGCCGCAUCAAAAUAGCAGAAUACAUUUUUUUUACGUGGCCAAGACGCCCAAUCUGGCUUCUGAGAAAGCCUUCAGCAUUGACUAUCCUGUCGACCAUGUCAAAGGCGCUCGUCGAGAAAAUACUCGACCAGAUCUUCAGCCCAUGACAAUAAGUCCGAUCGUUGACCAUGAUGCUUGGAAACUGGAUAUACAUGGCUUCUGUAUCUUGCACGGCAAGGCUCAUCUCGAUCCCGAAAAGGUAUACACGGACAAGGCAUCCGUGCAAGACGCCUAUUGGCAUGACAUAGAAGCUAUCAUGCACGAAAACUUCCCACAAUACUCGAGAAUCGAGUGUUUCGAUCUUACAGUCCGCAAAAGAGACGUCGACUUCCCGAAAGUUGUGCGAGCAUAUCGAGAGAAGUAUGAACAGCCAUCAGUGGUCGUCCAUUGCGACUGGUCUUCGAACGGUUCCAUACCGGUUCUUCAGUGGUGUUUCCCUGGCAAUGAAAGCUUCUGGGAAGGGAAGAAGUUUGACAUGAUCAAUGUUUGGAGGCCUCUUAAGGAAUCGACCGAUGACUGGCCUCUGGCCGUUUGCGAUUACAUAAGUGUCGACAAGGACAACGAUAUACUGCUCACGGACGCUAUCAGACGCGAUAGGGUUGAUGAGAUAUCCGUUUUACAUUUCAAUUCAGCCCAUAAAUGGUACUACGUGAAAGACCAAGGCGUUGAUGACCUAUUAGUCUUCCGGAAUGCCGACUCCGAGGGAGACAAGGCCCGUAAGCACAGUCUUGAGCAGCCAUGCAGUCUUGAACUGCAGUGCAUUUCACGCAGCGGUCAACAACACUAA